UAAACCACCACCGCCAUUACAUUGCAAGCCAAGCUCGAGAGACAGCAGAGCAGCAACUAAGGAGUAGCAGCUUAUUAGUUGCUAUCAAAGAGGAAGAUAUGGAGGUGGAGGGUAGCGCCCAUGGGGAUGUGGGGAAGGCAGCACCGAGCAAGUUCUCGCUGCCCGUGGACUCGGAGAACAAGGCCAAGUCCUUUCGGCUUUUCUCCUUCGCCAACCCACACAUGCGCACUUUUCACCUCUCGUGGAUUUCAUUCUUCACGUGCUUCGUCUCCACCUUCGCCGCCGCUCCCUUGGUGCCCAUCAUCCGCGACAACCUUAACCUCGUAAAAGCUGAUAUCGGCAACGCCGGUGUAGCAUCCGUAUCUGGCUCCAUCUUCUCCAGGCUUGUCAUGGGCGCCGUAUGCGACCUCCUUGGUCCGCGCUACGGCUGCGCCUUCCUCGUCAUGCUCGCCGCGCCUACCGUCUUCUGCAUGUCACUCAUCGACGAUGCAGCAGGGUAUAUCACUGUCCGCUUCCUCAUCGGCUUCUCACUAGCCACCUUUGUGUCGUGCCAGUACUGGAUGAGCACCAUGUUCAAUAGCAAGAUCAUUGGCACUGUCAACGGGCUCGCGGCAGGGUGGGGCAACAUGGGUGGAGGUGCCACUCAACUCAUCAUGCCGCUCGUCUUCCACGCCAUCAAGAAGUGCGGUGCCACAGCAUUCGUGGCAUGGCGCAUCGCCUACUUUGUGCCAGGGAUGAUGCACAUCAUCAUGGGUCUACUCGUGCUCACACUGGGGCAAGAUCUUCCCGAUGGCAACCUCGCAAGCCUCCAGAAGAAAGGAGAUAUGAAGAAAGAUAAGUUUUCCAAGGUGUUAUGGGGCGCUGUUACAAACUACCGGACAUGGAUUUUCGUCCUCCUCUACGGCUACAGCAUGGGUGUUGAGCUCACCACUGACAAUGUCAUCGCGGAGUACUACUUCGAUUACUUCCACCUAGACCUCAGUACCGCUGGCACCAUUGCAGCUUGCUUCGGCAUGGCCAACCUCGUUGCUCGCCCAACGGGUGGCUACCUCUCCGACCUUGGUGCUCGUUACUUUGGUAUGCGUGCUCGCCUCUGGAAUCUCUGGAUCCUCCAGACCGCUGGUGGCGCGUUCUGCAUAUGGCUCGGUCGCGCGUCUGAACUUCCGGCCUCUGUCACCGCUAUGGUACUCUUCUCUGUAUGUGCCCAAGCUGCUUGUGGAGCCACUUUUGGCGUCGCUCCCUUCAUCUCCCGGCGAUCCCUCGGUAUCAUCUCUGGACUAACGGGCGCUGGUGGGAAUUUUGGUGCGGGGCUCACGCAGCUUCUUUUCUUCACGUCAUCGCAGUACUCAACUGGCACUGGGCUUCAAUACAUGGGCAUCAUGAUCAUGUGUUGCACGCUUCCUGUUGCUUUCGUGCACUUCCCACAGUGGGGCUCCAUGUUCUUCCCGGCCAACGCCAACGCCACUGAGGAAGAUUUUUACGCGUCCGAGUGGACAGAGGAGGAGAAGCGCGAGGGACUGCACCUGCCCGGGCAAAAGUUUGCUGAGAACUGCCGCUCGGAGCGCGGUAGGCGCAAUGUCAUCCUCGCCACGUCCGCCACGCCACAAAACAAUACACCCCAGCACGCAUAAGAUGUACUAGGACCUUAUCUCUCACCUACGUCUUUAUGUGUGCGAUCCAAGUUUUUUACAUAUAUACGCACACAUACAAUUCGUCGUUAGUAUAUACACACGUAUAUACAUACGCCAUGCAUGGAGUCCAACGUAAUAAGCUGUAGCGAGUUUUAGUUACCUUCUCUAGUAUAGUCUAUACAGGAUGAUGCUCUUGCGCUUCUGUGUGCGCAUGUAAUGUUCGAAUGCUUGUGAGCGAGCUUUUGUGUACCACAGUGGAACCGAUAUUACAAGAAAAUGUUUGAAUUUU